AAUAUAAAUUAUGCUUAUUUUAUGAGCUGUUGUUGUUUGUUCUCCUUCUCCACCCCAUUGUUCUUCCCCUUCCUUCCUGCGUUUCUCUCAAUGCCGUAAUUCCCUUUGUGUCGCGAGAUUGCAUUACCAAUUACCUUCCUCUUCUCCUUCAACUUGUUGCCUCACACACAUGACCACAACGCAUUUCAGAGUCUGGGUUGUUUCCCAAUGAAUUUCCCUUUCUCUUUCUCUCCACACCACCCCAUUCAACCAGCUUCUUCAUCUUCACUCCCUUUUCUUUCUCAGGUUUUCUUCAAAUUUCUGUUAGAUGCAGCAUCUGAUUUGUGUUCUGAACAUCCAAGAAACUUAGCCUGACUUCACAGGUGUAUGUUUUGCUGUGGUUUUGGUAGCAAUGAGUCGUAGAGUGAGGAGGAAGGUGGCAAAGAAAGGCAAAGGGAAUGAGGUGGUGUCCAUUCCUGAAAUUCAAGGAGAGGUUUUGGAUUUGGAAAGCCAAGGAAUUGUUGAGUGGAGGGGCUUACCUGAUGAUACAGUGAUUCAGCUGUUGUCAUGUUUGAGCUAUCGAGACCGAGCUAGCUUUUCAUCAAGUUGUAGGACAUGGAGGUCUCUUGGUAGCUCCCCAUGUUUGUGGACUUCUCUUGAUCUUCGUUCCCACAAGUUUGAUCCCAGCACGGCAUCUUCACUUGCUUCAAGAUGUGUGCAUCUUCAAAAGCUUAGGUUUCGCGGGGCGGAGUCCGCUGACGCUAUUAUUCAUCUUCGAGCUGGGAACUUGCGUGAAUUAAGCGGCGACUAUUGCAGGAAGAUUACUGAUGCUACUCUUUCAGUGAUUGCGGCUCGGCAUGAGUUACUUGAGAGUCUUCAGCUUGGACCUGAUUUCUGUGAGAGAAUAAGUAGCGAUGCUAUUAGAGCUAUAGCUCAUUGCUGUCCUAGAUUGAACAAACUUAGGCUCUCUGGCAUUAGGGAUGUAAAUGCGGAUGCUAUUAAUGCCUUGGCUAAUCAUUGUCCUAAGUUGACUGAUAUUGGGUUCAUUGACUGCCUUAACGUUGAUGAGGUUGCUUUGGGAAAUGUGUCGACAAUUCGUUUCCUUUCCGUUGCCGGGAUGUCAAGUAUGAAGUGGGGUGUGGUUUCCCAUCUUUGGCAUAAACUUCCUAACCUGGUUGGGUUAGAUGUUUCAAGAACUGAUAUUGGUCCAUCUGCUGUUUUAAGAUUGUUAUCCUCAUCACAGAGUUUGAGGGUUUUGAUUGCUCUGAAUUGUCCUAUCCUUGAAGAAGACACUAGCUUCUGUGCUACUAAGUAUAAAAACAAGUUACUAAUUUCCGUUUCUACUGAUAUUUUUAAAGGACUAGCUUCUUUAUUUUUUGAUAAUACCAAGAGUGGAAAGAAUGUGUUUUUGGACUGGAGGAAUUUGAAGAAUAAUGAUAAGGACCUUAAUGAAAUUAUACCCUGGCUUGAAUGGAUGCUAUCCCAUACGCUUUUGCGUUCUGCUGAGACCCCUCAACAGGGUCUUGAUAAUUUUUGGAUUGAACAAGGUGGGUUGCUCUUGCUUAGUCUAAUGCAGAGUUCUCAAGAGGAUGUUCAGGAAAGGGCAGCCACGGGUCUUGCAACUUUUGUUGUAAUUGAUGAUGAAAAUGCUAGCAUAGAUUGUGGAAGGGCUGAAGCAAUUAUGCGAGAGGGUGGCAUACGCCUCCUUCUUGGCCUGGCAAAAUCUUGGAGGGAAGGACUUCAGUCUGAGGCAGCUAAGGCCAUUGCAAAUUUGUCCGUCAAUGCCAAUGUCGCCAAAGCUGUUGCAGAAGAGGGUGGGAUUGAGAUUCUCGCUAGUUUGGCCAGGUCAACAAACAAAUUGGUGGCUGAAGAGGCUGCUGGAGGGUUAUGGAAUCUCUCUGUUGGAGAGGAGCACAAGGGCGCCAUUGCUGAGGCUGGUGGAAUAAAAGCUUUAGUGGAACUUAUAUUCAAGUGGUCUUCUAGUGGAGAUGGAGUUUUAGAACGUGCAGCUGGUGCAUUGGCUAAUUUGGCAGCUGAUGACAAGUGUAGCACAGAGGUUGCACUGGCUGGAGGUGUACAUGCUCUAGUAAUGCUUGCUCGUAAGUGCCAAUUUGAGGGAGUGCAAGAGCAGGCUGCUCGCGCAUUGGCUAAUUUAGCUGCUCAUGGAGAUAGCAACAGUAACAAUGCUGCUGUGGGAAGAGAAGCAGGUGCUCUUGAGGCACUUGUUCAACUUACGCGUUCUCCCCAUGAGGGUGUCAGGCAAGAAGCUGCUGGUGCACUUUGGAAUUUGUCAUUUGAUGAUAGAAAUCGAGAGUCCAUUGCAGCAGCUGGUGGAGUUCAGGCACUGGUUGCUCUAGCCCAAUCUUGUUCUAAUGCCUCCCCUGGACUUCAAGAGAGGGCUGCUGGAGCUCUCUGGGGACUGUCAGUUUCUGAAGUCAAUAGCAUUGCCAUUGGACAAGAAGGAGGUGUUGCACCUCUGAUUGCACUGGCACGGUCUGAAGCAGAGGACGUUCAUGAAACUGCUGCUGGAGCACUAUGGAAUCUUGCUUACAACCCUGGUAAUGCUCUACGAAUAGUGGAGGAAGGUGGAGUAACUGCCCUUGUCGAUCUCUGUUCUACAUCAGUAUCGAAAAUGGCACGAUUUAUGGCUGCAUUGGCAUUGUCUUAUAUGUUCGAUGGGAGAAUGGACGAAUUUGCUUUAGCAGGCCUAAUGUCGGAAAGUAUUUCUAAGAUAGCUGCGAGCUUGGAUGGAGCUAGAAAGAUGGCUUUGAAACAUAUUGAAACAUUUGUCCAUAUGUUCUCUAACCAACAAGCAUUUGCGGCUGCUGCUGCAUCAUCAGCGCCUGCAGCACUAGCACAAGUUACUGAUGGUGCUCGUAUUCAAGAAGCUGGACAUCUAAGAUGCAGUGGUUCUGAAAUUGGAAGAUUUGUUACUAUGCUCCGAAAUCCAUCACCUAUACUGAAAUCUUGUGCAGCAUUUGCUCUUCUCCAGUUCACAAUCCCUGGUGGACGACAUGCUGGGCACCAUGCUAGCCUCAUGCAGAAUGCAGGUGCAGCAAGAGUUCUGCGUGGUGCAGCCGCUGCAGCGACUGCGCCACUUGAAGCGAAAAUCUUCGCCAGAAUUGUUCUUCGCAAUCUUGAGUAUCACCAGAUAGAACAUACAAAGUAGAUCAUUGCAUCUGUCCUUCACAGACAUCUUUCUUCAAAACAUUUUGGACUUGUGAUAUUUCACAUAUACAUAGCUGUCAAAGGUGCCAAAAACACCGCAUGUGGCCCUUGAUGUAAGGGAAGCAAGUUAUAAAUUCCCUUAUCUUCCAUCUGUUGGAACUGCUUAUUGAACUGUUUAUUCUGAGAUGGACUUGUUACCCUCUCUGUUUUCCAUAUCAAGGCUGCAGCAGAUAGGUAAAUUGGUAUAAAUUGUAUUGCCUUGAUGUUUUUUACCCUUUGUAUUAUUUUUAUGUACCCUGUAUAAUUAUAAGUUUAGACAUAUUUUUGAGACUAAAUGCUUGGUUCCCUUCAA